AUGCCACGCGGUCUUGCCGGCUACGAAGAAAUACGCCCGGGGGAAAAAGGGGUUGAUACGUAUAAUAAUAGUCAUAAGAAUGGCACCUAUGUACCGAUAAAAAGAGGAGAGACGAGUCGGGUUCCACUGCGGAAUCGGGGAUGGGUGCAGAUACUUAUAGUUGCAUUUUUGUCUCUGGUGUUUUUUGGGAUGGGGACAGCGGUUGGAAGGAGGUUUCCGAGGGGGGAAAGGAGGUGGGGGUUAUUGGCACCUCCAGGAUCAAUGAAAGAAACUUGGUAUCCUAAUACUACAUUUUCUAUGAAACCGACGCCAGAAUCGGAAGCCGCUUGGGGAUCUUUAAUGCCGGUGGGCAGAGGAUUUAUUUAUCGACCCGAGAUAGCACCAAUUGUAAAAAGUGUCUCGCACGGCCUCCGCACCUCCUACUACGAUCUACACUAUCAAAUCGCGCGCGCAGCCGGUGCACCUAUCGACUCAUUCCUUGAGCAAAAGGCGGCACAUACACAUAUAGAGACUGCGCAUCAAAAACAUUGCUUUGAUUAUUUGCGACGUGCGAUAAUGUGUGCAGCAGAUACUAAUUUGGAGUAUGUUGAUCCAGUUACGGAUGAUACAACAGGGUGGGGGAGUGAGAGGGUUUGUAGAAGUUUCGAGGAUGUGAAGGGGUGGGCGGAGAAGUGGGCUAAUGGAACGGGUGGAGGGAUUGCUUAA